AUGUCAAUGAAGUCCGCAAUCCAUGAUACGUUCACGAAGGACAAGAAAGAAGAUAAUCCAGAAGAACUAGUACAAGAAUCAGGCCCUCCGGAUGGCGGGUUUCGGGCCUGGAGGACUGUUUUUGGGUGUUUCCUCAUGCAAUUUUGUGGCUUUGGGGUCAGAUGGAUUGGUGCAUUGGCCUCGUUCCUCGCAGUCAUUGUCACGUCGAUCUCAGGUCCACUGUACGACCGAGGGUGGUUUUAUCGAUUGAUGAUCGUGGGGUCGCUGCUCCAAUCACUGUCCUUAUUCGCCUUGUCCUUCACGAAGCCUGGUCAGUUUUACUUGGCUUUUAUGGUUCAAGGCGUCGUUUAUGGGUUUGGGAUGGGCUUAACAUACGCUCCCAGCGUCGCUGUCGUCUCUCAACACUUCUCUUCCAGAAAACGCACAUUGGUGAUGUCUCUCGUCACGUGUGGUUCACCACUGGGUGGAAUUAUUCAUCCGAUCAUGCUCAAUCACCUUUUGAAUGGUGCUGUUGGCUUUGAAAAAGGCGUUCGUGCCAGUGCGGGUUUUGUCAGUGUUCUGUUAUUGAUCGCCUGUUUAUCCAUGCGUACAAGAGAACUGCCGGUAUCGACUGUUAGUUAUACUGUAGUGGCGCGAAAAUUCUCUCGCGAUGUUCUCUUCAUCCUCAUGGCGGCUGGGGGAACACUAUUCCAGAUCGGGUUUUACUUCCCUCUGUUUUACUUGCAACUGGAUUCUAACAAACAUGGAAUCAACGUCAAUUUCUCGUUCUACUCCCUUUCGAUCUUAAGUGCUGCUUCAUUUAUCGGACGUUGCACGGCAGGAAUAAUUGCGGCGUAUGCGGGAGUGUUGAACUUCACGAUUGCGUCCACUCUCGCAUGUAGUGCCGUCAUAAUAUCCAUGAUGGCUCUGAGUGACAUGGCCAGUGUGGUCGUCUUAGGACUUGCAUAUGGCUACUUUUCUGGAGUCUACAUCGCGCUGUUAGUCCCAUUGAUGGCUGUACUGACGCCUGAUUUGUCUGAGCUAGGAGCGCGAAUAGGCAUAUGUUUUACCUUCUCUUCCUUUGGUACAUUACUUGGUGGCCCAAUAUCGGGUGAUUUUCUCGGUUCUCAAUAUAAGUGGUGGAUAGCGUCGCUCUUCAGUGGGGUCAUUGAUCUCCCUUAUGGGAAGUUUGAUCUUCGUGGUGAUGCGCCUGAUUAUAUACCGCCGAGGAAUAAACGGGAGCCCAUAGCUACCGGGGAUGCGUAG